AUGGUUGAAUCGACAAUUUUUAAAUAUGAAUUUACAUCUAUUGACAACAAUACACUUAAAUAUCACUUUUUAAAUGCAAAUGACAAUAAAUUGAGCUACGCUGAAUUUAUAUAUCUUUUACAUUUAGGUGAUGAAGAUUUUUUAGACAUAUUCAAAAAAGCUUUAAACGAAGCAACGGAUGAACUAUCCGCAUAUUUUUGGGAAUGUCCCCCCGUAUCUAAAGGAACAACAAAUAAACCGUUUGAAUUUGUAGUAACUAAAUCCGACACAUUAAGUUAUAUUAAUCAAGAUUACUCAAGCUUCAAAGAAAAAUUUACUGAAUAUCUAAACAAUGAUGUUUGUAGUUUUGCUAAUUUAGGAAAAGAUGCGACUUUAAUUGUUCCUAUACCUUGUAAUGAUCUUGAUUAUAAAAAUCUUAGUACUUUUACUAAGAAUGCUCCAAAAGAACAGCAGAUUAAGUUUUGGCAAGAAGUAGCUAAUAAAUUGACUGAAAGUUUGGAAAUAAGUACUCCUAAAUGGUUAUCCACAAAUGGUUUAGGUGUUCAUUAUUUGCAUAUACGGAUUGAUAAUUAUCCAAAAUACUAUUCUUGGAAUGAAUAUUAUGAAGAAAAGACACAUUCAUUAUACAAAAAGGACUAUUCAAUUAGUUCUAUGCAACCUUUUAACUAUGACCAACAAAACCCAACAAAACUGGUAUCAAAAGCUACGCCAAACGUCGAACAAAAUAUUGAAACAGAAAUUAAACCAAAAUCUGAAACAAACAUUGAACCAAAUAGCUUAGUUGCUUUACAAUUACAUAGUCCUGAAUAA